AUGGCGCCUUUCUCAGAAGCAGAUUCCACCAAAAGAGAAUCGUCGCAAGGAGACUACCAGAAUCUGUUUGCGGAGAACACGCCCACCCCCCCGAGUCUCACAUCGGAGAGCUCGCCUGCGUCUAGUCACGAUCAGGAGGAACCGGCGCCUGAACACGUACACGUACCGUUUGGAGUUACUCCUUUUGGGUCGCGCCAGCCGAGUGUGGCUCCUUCAGAAGGAGACUUUUUAUCGGAUUGGCGUCCCUUGACGUCGUCGCCUUCUCUAAACGACGUUCAGUACACGACAGACAUGCCGUUGCACGAUGGCGGGUCCUGUAUUUCGGACGAGUCUAGACUUAGUAUUGACAAACGGGGCAUGUUUGCUCCUCUAGAAGCGAGCCCUGGGCAAAAAUCAACGCAGCAUCCGUGGCUCACUGGCACUGCGCCACCUUUGGUCUCGGCAGGUGGCCACGUGCAGUCGAAUGCGUUGCCGAUGUACCGGUUCGAGCAGUCGAGACAGGCACAGCUCUUGUUUGGUAUGCCGCCUGCUGCGUUUGAGAACGGGUCUAUGCCUUCCACCUCUGCCAACGGCCUGCUCUCUCCGAGCACUGAUGCGUCUUCAAUCGCCCCCAGGCUGCUGAACGAACAGCCUGCAUUACAGCCUCUUCACGAGCGUAGCGACUCCAUCUCGGAUGCGCCGCACUCGAUGUCGAGCGAUGCAGACCUCCUGCUCUCAUCUACCUCUAUUAUUCGUCCCCACUGUCGUGACUUGCCUUCCAACAUGCAGAUCCUCGUGCAUGGCAUUCCCGCCAAAGGUGCCAAAUCACGCGUCGAGACGCAGAUUCGCAUGCGAAUCGAGCUAGUGACCAAUAUUGCCGGAAGCGAUGCGCCUGUGUGGGAGCGCAUCGGCAGCUUUGAUCACAUCAAAGUUCCCCCGCUGAGUGGGACCAAGCGCAAGUCGAAGAAGCAUCAAAAGACAAAUGUGCCGCAUGAUUCUUUGCUCAUGCUUGAGGCGGACGUGAUCAAUGCAACUGCGCCGCAUUCGCGCGUUUAUGUAUGCAACAGUUGUCGCGAGCGCGAGCGCAAACGUGCGCAUCGCAAAAAGUCCAAGCGUCUUUCUCCCUCGACGUACCCCACGGAGGAAGAAAUCCGCGCGUUGAAUAUUGAUCCAAGCUUGCCAAACGCGGUUGACAUUGCGAUGCAGCGUAUGGAGGAAGAGGAACGCAAGCAUACGGUCCUGUUCAACUGCGGCGACUAUAUCGACUUCCACAAUGGCGAAGUGACGCUCUCCACGCGGAUUACCUGCUACUGCCGACACCACCGUGAAAAACUUGGGUUCCAAAUCGUCUUUACACUGCGCGAUCGUCUGGGUACGUUUGUUGCCUCUGGCACCACACCCCCCAUCAUGAUUAUGGACGACCACAAAUCCAUUGCGCAGAACACGGUCGCCGCGCGCAUGUCGGACCGCCGUACGAGGCGCAUCGAAACAGAGCCCGAGGACGGUGCGUUUGCCAGCAGCCUCUCGCCCAAGUCGGUCGAGCCUGCCUCUGGGCGUCCGCGUGAGCGGCCGAAACCAUACGAAGAUGCUCCCGCCCGCCAGCGUUUUUUCUCUGCGCAAAGCACGCACGAUAAAAAGCGAGGCGCCUCAUUUUUACUCGAUUCCACACCCAACUAUCUGUGGAAUACCUUGCCGGAUGCCAUGCAAAGCGAGAUGGGGGGCCAAAACGCACUUGGUUCUCUCCGCUCUGUAUCGCCCGCCAUGGAUGAGGAUGCGCUGAACUUGCUAAACACGCCAUUUCACGUCGACGCACCCGACUGUGCCAAUAUGGUGCCGAUGGAAACCUCUUUUGCCUCGCCAUUGAACAAUGUACCGCUUCCUCUUCACGAUCCACUCGCGCAGCUUCCGCAGUCAUUGGCUGUGCCUAAGAUCACCAAACUCAUUCCCGCUGAAGGUCCCACGACGGGCGGCAUUGAGAUUACCAUCCUGGGCGAGAAUUUUGCCGACGAGUUCGAGUGCUACUUUGGCGAUAUGCCCUGCUCCUUUACGCGAAUCUGGGCAGAGUCCACCCUGGUUUGUCUCUUGCCGCCAAGCGCUGUGCCUGGACCAGUCACUGUUACGCUCCGCAAAGGCCAAGUCAGCACGGAGAAUGUGCCUGGCCAGCCGCUGCAGCUGUUCACCUAUGUCGACCCGACCGAGCGUGCAUUGAUGGAGCUUGCCCUUCAAGUGGUCGGCAUGCAAAUGACUGGAAGAAUGGCCUCGGCCAAAGACGUUGCCAUGCGCAUUGUCAACUCCAACCAGCAGGAUGGCACGAUGUUCUCUGCGCGCGCCGGUCAAAGCGUGGAGGAGAAUGUCAUGGCCUUGCUGCAGCUCUUAAACACGGGUGCCGGCCGGUACAAUGGCAGGCGCAACGUAUUGCACGCCAACAACAAGGAAGGCCAUACGCUGCUGCAUCUUGCCAUUGCGCAAAAGUAUCAUGACCUGACGGCCUACCUUUUGGCCCACGGCGCACUUGUGAAUGCACAAGACACGAACGGAUGCACGCCGUUACAUUUUGCCGCCAUGUACAGCACACGAGCGAUCGUAGAGAUGCUUCUUGCGCACGGCGCCACAGCCACGAUGCAGUCCAAUCAGCACUAUCUUGCGCUAGAUAUGGCGCACGGAAGCGACAAAUCAGAUACGUGUGCCAUCCUUGCCCAAUGGAUGCAGGAUAUGACCGACGAGCCUGGCUAUUCGGAUGCCACCGAUUCGGAGGACGAAGAUGGUACGCCAAUCGCCACCAACACACCACUGCUCGACGAGCUUGAUGAGAGCGACUCGGAAGACGCAAGCAUUUCCUUCGCCGAGCUCGCCGCGCUUUGCUGUCCGGCGGUGCAGGGCAAGGAUAAGCAUGCGUUGAACACGCCGACUCGACCGAACUCGCCUGCAGAAGCAUCUUCGCCACCGCCCACUUAUGACGAAGCAACGCUGGACAACAAGUCGGGCUCCUCUCGCCACGUCCUAGGCGAGAAGCUUGUCACGGAUGCCGACCAGGACGCGGCACUCCGGGGCAGUUUGCUCACUAGCGCCGAGGAGAACAGCAAUACGCGCCGUGCGUCUGCAAAGACCGCGUCUGGAAGCCGCUCAAGGAAACGCGCAGCGCGUAUGCGAUCUGCGAAGGACAUGGAAGGAGAGAAUCAAGUGGUGCCUGCACGCCGCGGCGUUUAUGACGACCGCAUGCUCCUUUGGUUCUGGAUUCCUGCCAUGAUUGCCGUAUUCCUUGUCACCAUGGUGCUCAAUGGCGGUGGUUAUUUUUUGCACCACGACAUACCCCCGAUGCCGCAGCAGCGCUUGCCCGUUCAGGAUUUGUAG